UGCAAGUGACAGAAUGGGGAGGUUCUAGCCCUCCUGCGUGCUCAGACAGCGAGGGGGCUAUAAAAACGGGAGGCGCUGGGCAGCCAGGAGACAGUGACGGAUGAAGGCCAAGAAAGGGAAGCCAGAGAGGAGAGAGAAGACGCAGCAAGCUCCCGAUCGCUCCUUUUCCACGGCCAGCAUGGGCUCCUUCUCCACCAUCACCGUGGGCCUCCUCCUCUUCCUGAUGUUCCAGCUUCCAGGCCAAACGGGAGCUAACCCUGUGUACAGUGCCUUGUCCAACGCGGACCUGGUGGAGUUCAAGAAUUUGCUAGACCACUUGGAGGAGAAGAUGCCUUUAGAAGAUGAGGUUGUGCCCCCGCAAGUCCUGAGCGAGCAGAACGAUGAACCAGGGGCAGCUCUCAGCCCCCUCCCCGAUGUGCCUUCCUGGACCGGGGAGGUCAACUCAGCCCAGAGAGAGGGGGCUGCCCUGGGCCGGGGCCCCUGGGACUCCUCUGAUCGAUCUGCCCUCUUGAAAAGCAAGCUGAGGGCCCUGCUGGCCGCCCCGCGGAGCCUGCGGAGGUCCAGCUGCUUUGGGGGCAGGAUGGACAGGAUUGGAGCCCAGAGUGGACUGGGCUGCAACAGCUUCCGGUACCGAAGAUAACAGCCAGGGAGGAAAAGCAGCCGGGCCCCAGGCGGACUGCAGGAGACCCUCGUCCUGGGGGGUCUCUCCCCAAGUUUGGUCUCAUCUCAUUGCUACUGAGUUGUGAUGAACACUCUGUUGGAGAUCGAACUUCCUGUCGACAUUUCUCACACUUGAUGCUAAAUAUACAUCAAGUGGUUUAGCCGUGGCUACCUGCCGCUCCCACCCCACGCAUCCCGGUCAACCCCACUGCUACUGAAAGCCUUG